CUGGGUCGCCUUCCGGCCGCGGCGGCCGCCGGGAGCGGAAGCGGAAGCGGCCGGGGCGGCGGGGCGGGCGAUGCCGCUGCACGCCGUCCCGCCGCGGCUCUGGGCCGCGCUGCGGCUGCGCGAGGGCAUCUGCGCGCGGCUGCCCGCGCACUACCUGGCAGCGCUGCAGGACGACACGCCGCCCACGCCCGUGCACUGGCGGCCGCUGGGCGUGCGCUACCGGCGGCACCCGCGCACCGGGCAGCGCGAGCGCGUGCAGGACGUGCCGGUGCCGGUGCACCUGCCGCGCGCCGCCCACGAGGGGCUCUGGGGCGGCGAGGGCUGGAUCCGCGGCUUCCGCUACGCCCGCAACGACAAGCUCUCUACCCGACUGCCGAAGACGUGGAAGCCGCAGCUCUUCAGCCGCCAGUUCUACAGCGAGAUCCUCGACACCACGAUGACCAUCACCGUCACCAUGCGGACGCUGGACCUCAUCGACGAGGCUUUCGGCUUUGACUUCUACAUCCUGAAGACCCCAAAGGCAGAUAUGGGCUCAAAGCUCGGUAUGGAUCUGAAGCGAACAAUGUUGCUGCGACUUGCGCGGAAGGAUCCUAAGCUGCAUCCUGAUGACCCAGCCAGAAGAGAGGCGAUUUAUCAUAAGUAUCGGGAAUUUGUGAUUCCAGAAGAGGAAGCUGAAUGGGUUGGCCUGAGUUUAGAAGAAGCGAUAGAAAAACAGAGGCUUUUAGAAAAAAAGGACCCUGUCCCACUCUUUAAAGUGUAUGCUGAAGAGCUUGUCAACCAACUGAAAGAAGAGGCACUUCAGAAGAAGUAGAAGAAAAGAAAUCUUUGAAGCAACACUCCGCUGCAGAUCAAGCUGUGGGGUUCAGUGAGUCUUCUGUUGGAGCCAUGCUUGUGUGGAGAGGGCCGCAUUGAUGCAUGUGCUCCCAGGAGCGUGUUGCAGUUAUCAAAGUCCAACAGUAGCAGCUUUUAUUCAAUGAGGUACCGUUCCUGUUGGUUGAGAAAAGAAUUUCUGCCCUGUGGCUUCUGAAGGUGUUCGUAUAAGACUGACUUAAUGUGGUUCUUCCUGCCUGUGCAAAUAGUUGACUGCUGUUUAGAGCUUGAUCCCUGAUAUAAAACAAAAUAUGAAUAUUUGGAAUACCAGUAAACUUUCCUCUGUUA